AUGGACGGAGACUCUCGCUCUCCGCUCGCGUCGCCGUCGGACUCGUCGUCUGCCUCGCAUCCGGAGGGAGAGCGCGCACGUCGAGCCGACGGCGCAACAGAGGCAAGCCCCAGUGACGACGCGCAACCGAGCGCAGGCGCCGAGAAGGAGCGAGGAGAGGGCGCGGAAAUUCCCGUAACCAUCAAGCUCAUCAACGGCCAAACGACGGACGUGCGCGUCAACUCGGCGCUCUCUGUCAACGAGUGGAAGCAGCAACUCGAGGCCGUCUUCCACAUCCCGCCCAACGAGCAGCGGCUGGUCGCCGCUGGGCGCGUUCUGCAGGACGCGCGCACCGUGAGUUCCUACAGCCUCUCGCCGAACUCCACGGUUCAUCUGCUUCGCAAUCGCAGCGCGGGCAACUCUUCUGCCGCAACUGCGUUUUCCGCAGACCAAGCGGCGCGCGGCAUCUCUAGUAGUCAGAUGCAGGGCUUGGCGCGAGCUGCGGACUCGAUCUCUCCGCUCGGAGGCGACGGCUCGCAGCAGGACGUUUUCCAGCAAUUUCUGCAGUCUUCGCUGAUGGAGCAGCUCACAAACAACCCCGAUUUUCUUCGCAUGGUCAUGGAGUCGAACCCGCAGCUGCAGCAGCUCCGGGAGCAGAACCCCGAGCUGAAUCACCUGCUCAACGACCCCCAGGUGUUCCGGCAGUCCAUUCAGAUGGUGCGCAAUCCCGCACUCCUCCGCGAGAUGAUGAGGAGCACCGACCGCGCGAUGGCGAACAUCGAGGCGUUGCCAGGGGGCUUCCACGCAUUAAUGAGGAUGUAUCACACCAUUCAAGAGCCCAUGUACGCGGCGACGAUCGACGCAGCGUCCUCGAACGGCCUCGCCGGCUCAGCAGGCGACGCGGAGGCGCAGCGGCAGGCUUACGAGCGCGUGCGCAACUCUACAGAGGCUGUGGAGGAAAUGCCGAAUCCCUGGGCGCCGCUGUCGCCGAGUGCGACUUCGGGCUCCACCGCCUCGCCUCCGGAUCAGCUGAGUGAGCUCAUGGGUGGCGGUAUCUUCCCGACGACUCAGGCGAGCACGGAACAAGGAAAUCUUCUGGGGGCCUCGUCGGCGCAGCCUGCCUCCGGCAUUCCGCAGUUCAGCCCUUUUGGCAUGCCGUUCCUCGCACCGCCAGCCGCUUCAGGCGCACUGCGCUCUGGCGGGCCUUCGCAGGCGGCACCAGCGACUUCCUUCUCAGCGACUUCCUCCUCAGCGACUUCCUCCUCAGCGACUUCCUCGAGUCUGAGUGCGCGCACGGGGUCGGGAUCGUCCCCCGCGAGCGAAAGCUCCAGCCCCGCGCGCGGCUCUGCGUCCGCGCCUGUCUCUUCUGCGGCGGCCUCCGCCGGCGACGACGCCUCGCUGAGACUCCUCAUGGACCUUCUGGGGAGCAGCAUGCGAAACUCGGGCGACGUUGAGCAACUUGAGCAGCAGAUGCAUCGCUUUGGCCUGUCAGGCAGCGCGUUCAAUCCCGGUGAGGCACAAGCCUCCACACAGGCGCUGUUUGGCGGCUCGCCGUUUCUGGGGAUGUUUCCGCCCUUCUCUGCCGGCGCGACGUCCUCCCGGGAGACUCCCUCGACUUCUACUUCGAGGGUAGCCCCGGCCGCCGUGCAGGCCUCGACCCCGAGUCAGGAGACUGCGGAGUCGCAGUCCGAGAGCGCAGACCACAGCCGAUACGCGCUGCAGCUGGGCACGCUAAGGGCCAUGGGCUUCACAGACACUUCGCAGUGCGUUCAGGCGCUCGACUCUGCGGGAGGGAACCUGAACAGAGCGAUUGACAUUCUCCUUUCUCAGCAAAACAGGCCGUGA